CUGUACUUUAACACUUUGCUUUCCAUCUAUUUCACGACCACUCUCCGUAGUUACCGAAAAUAUCAGAAAAUGGCGCCAUCACUGGUAACCAUCGAAGCUUCUGAGCCGUUAGAAAAAAUAGUCGACAUCAUUGCUCGAGAUGGCGGAGUUAUUGUUGCCAACUUUCUCUCCUCCGAGCUCUUGAAGGAGUCAAUGGCUGCAAUCGAGCCUCACCUCGCUGGACGUAAAAUGUACAAUUCUAGUGCAACCCAUGAGGAGCUUGGUGACGGCUUCUUUCCGGAGGGUUCGCAAAGAGUUUACGGACUGUUAGCCAAGAUGCCAAACCAACUAGUCAAGAUAAUGCGCCUACCAUUAUGGCAAGGUGUUAUGGAACGUUUCUUGAAUGACGAGUACUUCUCAUACACUGGGGACAAAUUGUUGUCACAAAAAAGCGGCUAUAUGCUUGCAUCUACUGCGGCUCUCCGUCUACUUCCAGGCGCGAAGCCUCAACCAUUGCAUAGGGACCAAAUAGCUUACCUUAUUCGCCCGGAACCAAGCAAUCCCCUAUUUACACCUAUGGUCGGAGUCCUGAUUGCUGGGUCUAAGUGUACAUACAAAAACGGUGCAACAGCAGUAAUUCCGGGAAGUCACUUGUGGGGACCUGAGCGAGCACCAAAGCUCGAGGAAUGCGCAUAUGCAGAAAUGGAACCCGGUUCAGCGCUUAUUACACUCGGAUCAACUUAUCACGGUGCUGGUGAAAACAAAUGCGAGAGGACGGAUCUUGAUGCAAAAAGGACUUUGAUUGCAGUAUUUGGCCAACGAGACUACUACCGUGCAGAUCAAGAUGAGGAUCUCUCAACCCCAAUCGAGAUUGCUCGGAAGCUCCCUGAGGACAUUCUCAAAUUAGCUGGAUACUACAAAGCGGUCGGCGGAGUUGGCUAUGUGGAGGACCAUCAGAAUCCUUUCGAGUUUUUGAAAAGAGAGGAUCCAGGGUUAGCCAAGUAUGGCCCUGCUACUACUCAGGUGGCUCUUUGAGUUGUGGGCUGUGAAACUUGUGGACAUAGACGUUAUUGAGGACAUCCC